UAGAAGAUGAUGAUCCAAUUUACUUCUUCAUUAAUUUUACUCUACUUGUAUAUACUUUCGAUCUGGACGUGACUCCUUAAAAUUUAAUUCCUUAUAAUUUCUAGCUAAAAUCCCGUCUCGCCAUCCAAUUUAUUACUGGCGUGACAACGAUACGAUAGUAUUAUAGUGAAAAAAAAAAUUUUGCCGAGUCGAACCCACGACAUGGGCUGAUGAUGGUGGGAGUCAGCAGCCCCGCCCUACUAAACCUAAUUAUUAAAAGAGGAAGAUCGCUAGUGAAGAUGGCCCACCUCGUCCCCACACUCUCCUCCCCUCCCCCUUCUCCGUGCCCCGCUCUCCCCCGCUCCGCCGCCAUCACCACCACCACCAAUACUACCACCGUUGCCGCCGGCAUGUCGAAGUCCAUCCCGGACCAGAAGCGCGCCCUCCGGUCCGACGUCCGAAAGGCCCUCAAAGCCUUCUCCCCCGCCCUCCGCGCCCAAGAAGAUUUGGCCAUUCAGAAUAUUGUUCUGAACUCUUCUUGGUUUAAGUCCAGCACAAGAUUGUGUGCUUAUAUAAGUAGCCAAUCUUUACGCGAAGUUGAUACAGGAAGAAUUCUUGGAGAAAUUUUAAAAUCUCCAGAUGAUGGACAUCAGACACAGGUUAAGAAAGAGCUUUAUGUUCCAUGGGUCGAGGACAAAAAUAGCAACAUGCGGAUGCUGAAAAUUUCCAGUCUUGAAGAUUUAGUAGCAAAUUCAAUGAACAUUCUGGAACCGUCUCCAGUCGAUGCUAACGGAAAUCAGCAUGAAGAUGUUAUGCUGGCAGCAAACCCUGUUGAUCUCUUCCUUCUUCCUGGACUUGCAUUUGAUAGACACGGACGACGACUAGGUCGUGGUGGAGGGUACUAUGAUGUAUUCCUAAAGAAAUACCAGAAGCUCGCCACGGAGAAUAACUGGAAUCAGCCUCUUCUCGUUGCGCUUGCGUACUCGGUACAAAUAAUGGAGGAGGGCAUGAUCCCCGUCACCCCCUGCGAUGUUCCUAUCGAUGCUCUCGUAUCUGCCGCUGGCGUAAUUCCUAUCAGUCCUUCUGCCUUGGAGAGGAUGUGAUACUCUCUCUCUCUCUCUCUCUCUCUCUCUCUGUCCCCCGUCAAAGUCCCGUAUUUAUGACGGUUUUACUCGACAGAUUCACUUGUACGCUAAACUUGAUAUCAGAGUGUGCUUCUUUCAGCUUAACAUUCAGUUGAUACCUAACUGUACAGGAUCUGACUGUAUCAAUUACAACUUCCAGUUCUUUCGUCUCGUUUUUGGUUUACUUUGUUAGUGAUGAUCUUUUUGUAUUGCUCUGAUGUCGCACUGUGAAUGCUCAAUAUACAGUUUGCAAUAAUUUUACGGGUUUUAA